AUGGCGGAGGAAACCAACACCACCAAAAUAGAAGAUGUGAAGCCGUUGAUAUCAGGAACGUCUGCUAGUGUGACAUCUACAACGUCGCCGAGCACAGCACCAAGCGGUGGAGCUUCAGCUAAGGCGAAUUCUCAGAGCCUUAAACCAAACUAUUCAUUAAAGUUCACCCUUGCUGGCCACACGAAAGCACUGUCUUCUGUGAAGUUUAGUCCCAGCGGAGAGUGGUUAGCGAGUUCCUCUGCAGACAAACUGAUUAAAAUUUGGGGAGCAUAUGACGGAAAGUUUGAAAAAACUAUCUCUGGCCAUAAAUUGGGUUUGAGCGACGUAGCUUGGUCAACCGACAGCAAAUUACUGGUCAGUGCUUCAGAUGACAAGACAUUGAAAAUUUGGGAUUUUGCCACGGGCAAGUGCUUGAAGACUUUGAAAGGACACAGUAACUAUGUCUUCUGCUGCAAUUUCAACCCACAGUCUAAUCUCAUAGUUUCAGGCUCUUUUGAUGAAAGUGUACGGAUAUGGGAUGUCAAGACAGGCAAGUGUUUGAAGACAUUACCGGCUCAUUCGGACCCAGUCACAGCGGUGCAUUUUAACAGAGAUGGCUCACUGAUUGUGUCAAGUAGCUACGAUGGUCUAUGUCGAAUAUGGGACACAGCUUCAGGACAGUGCUUGAAAACUUUAAUUGAUGAUGACAAUCCACCAGUUUCCUUUGUCAAGUUUUCUCCAAAUGGCAAAUAUAUUCUCGCAGCUACCCUUGACAACACUCUUAAACUUUGGGAUUAUUCUAAAGGAAAGUGUCUCAAGACGUACCUCGGCCACAGAAACGAAAAAUACUGCAUUUUUGCCAAUUUCUCAGUUACCGGAGGAAAGUGGAUAGUAUCCGGAUCUGAAGAUAACAUGGUGUACAUCUGGAAUCUCCAGACCAAAGAAGUCGUUCAGAAACUCGCAGGUCAUACAGAUGUGGUUCUGAGUUGUGCCUGCCAUCCCACGGAGAACAUCAUUGCGUCUGCAGCACUAGAAAACGACAAAACCAUCAAAUUGUGGAAGAGCGACACAUAG